GCGUUCAGUCUAGUUGGCUGGGAGGAGAGGCGUGAGGCGAACGGCAGCAGUUUAUUCUUCUUUCUGACUUUUUAGUAGUUUAAGGUUUUUUUGUUGUUGUUGUCCUGUUUAGAGAAAAAAACAACAGAAAAUCUGGAUCCACGUGAGAAGACGAGGAUUUUUCAACUCACUGGAAAUAUUUAAGAGUUUUUGAGACUUUUUAUUUUUCUUCAGAGUGUCAACCUCUUACUCUGAGUUUGGGACAUUUGCUUUUCUUCCCUGCGUCUAUGAGAAGAGUCUUCUACUUGUAAUUUUGGUGGAGGAAGAUGGUUUAGCUCAAGGAGCUGGAGAUCUCCUUAAAUUCUAGAAAAUAUAAAAAAAAUCCCAAUCUGUGAGACUUCAGUGCUUAAGGACAGGUUCUCCCCUUAUUGCUGAGCCAUGGCUGGGAUGUAUGGAUGCUUCAAGGGCAAAGGCAGUGACAGUGCUGCCAUGGCAUCAGGAUCCCCAGACCUAACCAAUCAGGAGCCUGCUGAGGUUCGGGAAGAGAGUUCAGGAAAGAAGAAGUCCAAAUUCAAAACGUUUAAAAAGUUUUUUGCCAGGAAGAAGAGAAAAGAGCCAUCAAGUGGCGGAGCAGAGGCGGGCCUUAAAGCCAGCCAGUCCAUCGACAAUGUCAGCAAAACCUCGGAGAGCAACGCUCUCACUCGAUCGGAGAAGGACAAAGGAUCGGGGUCAAAGAUCAGCCUGGGUGGCAAAGCCAUGUCCCAUGACUCUGUCUUUGUUUGUGACACAUCGGAGGCCAACGAGGCUCUGGGGGCGUCUCAGGACAGCAUUCACGGGAAAGUGAAGUCCCUGCAGCUCCAGCUGAAGCAGGCCAUCAGGCUGGGCUCGCCUCCUUCCUUAAUGUGCGUGAAAAAAAACGAGGACGCCGUGACCACGUCCGAGGAGGAUGGCCCGCCCUGCAGUCCCCCAGAAUACGCUCCCUUUCACUCACGUCAGGAUCAGAGGAACAGCUCCAACUGUCUGCACGGAUUAGAUAAUGACCAGUUGCCUUGUGGGGCCUCCAGUAGAGCGGUGAGCCCCCUAGUGGUUCCUGGGGACUUCAGCCAGCCGGCCAGCCCGUUUGCCUGUCUGGAUAAUUCUGCUGCCAAACAUAAACUGGGUUUGAGACCCAAAGCAAACAACAGAAGGAAACCUGUCAGGCGGCUGGAUGGGAAAACAGAAGCAGACACUGCAGUGGUGGAGAAGUUGAUCAUCUCCACACCAGGAGCAGAAACGAACGCCGAGGAGGAGGAGGAGGAGGAAGAACAAAACUCUGAAGAUGGAAUUGAUGAUCAGCUAAAACCAAAAGUAGAGGAGGAGGAGGAGGAGGAAGAGGAGGAGAAGAUUCACGCAGAGGAUCCCAGACUCUCCCUGUUUAGGGGCGAGGAGGGAGAAGAUGAGUCGGAAGCAGAAGCGGAUGUUUCUCACGGCCUGGACGCUUCCUGCAGAGGGGAGCAGAGUGUCUCAGAGGAGGAAACCUCUGACGGUCCGCCUGUGCCCUCCUCUGAGUCCAGCUCGAGAGCCUCCCCGCUGGACCCUCCCAGAAACACACCAGAGCCCCCUGCUGGCUCGAGGGAACGUGUGACUCCAAGCACCUCCAGCACAGAGGAGGACAACCAGGCUGAAAGUGGCUCCACGUCAGGAGGAGAAGCUGCUUUCCAAGAGGAGAAGGACGGAGAGAGCUCCCUCUUAGAGGAGGUGCUAAGUUCUUUAAAGACUCCCCUCAAGCCCUGCUCACUGGACGGGGAAGAUGUGGAGGAGGUCCUGGAGCCAAAGGAGGAAAUGGAGAAAAACCAAAAGGAGGUGGAGGAGAAAGAAGAGGAGCAGGUUGAUAUUCAGACUGCUUCUCCGUGCUCCGUCCUGGCAGACCUGACCACAGACGAACAGAGAGAUUCCUGCCAGGAGGAAGAUGAUUCUGUGGAAGAAGAAAAGGCAGCCAAAGAAGAGGAAGAGGCCGUGAAUGAAGAAGAGGAAGAGUCAGGGAAGGAAGAGGAAGAGGCACUGAAUGAAGAGGAAGAACCAGUAAAAGAAGAGGAACUUUUAGUCGUGGAGCAUUUUGACAAUCAUGAGGAGGAAACAAAGAAAAGGGAGGAAGAAGAGGAUAAAAAUAUGCCUGUAUCCAUAAAUGAGGACGACGAAGAAGAAGAAUUCAUGAAUCUAGAGAAGGAAGAUGAGGAUGAAAAAGAGAUAGAGGAAGACAAAGUACAACAGCAGGAGGGCGAAGACGAAGGUGAAGCAGAGAUGAUGCGAGAAAUGAUUUCUCCUUCUCAAGAUGAGGAAGAUCAGAGAGGCUCCCCUUUGGAGGGGGCGGAUGAAGUCACAAAAGCUGCUGAUGAAGAAAUUCUCCUGAUGCAGGACGAGGAAGAUGAUUUUAAUCACAAAUCUGAGCAUGUGGAGGAGGAAGACUUUGUGGGAGAAGAGCCUGAGAAGGAGAAAGCAGGGAUAGCCGUGUUUGCGGAGCAGGAAGUGGAGACAACGGAACAGGAAGUGGAGCAGGAAGCGAAGACAGCCGAGCCGGCAGAGCAGGAAGUGGAGCAGGAAGUGGAGACAUCCGAGCCGGCAGAGCAGGAAAUGGAGCAGGAAGCGGAGACUGCAAAACAGGAAGUGGAGCAGGAAUUCGAGACGGCAGAACAGGAAGUGGAGCAGGAAGCGGAGACAGCGGAGCCGGCAGAGCAAGAAGUGGAGCAGGAAAUGGAGACAUCCGAGCCGGCAGAGCAGGAAGUGGAGCAGGAAGGUGAUGAUGUGAAGCAGAGUGAAGACGCCGGUUUGCCUGAGCCUCUUCGUCCUGAGACCCAGCAUGAAAGUCACUCACAGGAGAGUGUGAUCAGCCCCUCCAGCAAGACCAGCAUCCUAAGCAUCAAUCUGGCCUCCCCCAGCUCAGAAAAAUCCUUCCAGUUCUCUCCAGUGGCAGUUAGUCCUGGUCCCAGUGUCACGGAGUUCCCGACUGCUGAGGAUGAAGAGGAGGCCGACACUGCAACUAAGGAAGUGGCAAAAGAGGAAGGUUCACCUCCUGCCACUCCCUCUCCAGAGGAGACUAAAGUCCGCUUCACCAUCGCUCCUGCCUGGCAGAGGUGUCAGAGUCUGACCUCUCCUUCCUCCUCACCUGUCUGCGUCUCCUCACCCAAAGAUGAGGAGGUCCCUGUGAAGGAUCACACUUCAGAGGCCGAACCAGCGAGUGAAUCUGUGUUGGGUCCAGGCAGAGUGAAGGCCGCAGGCAACCCCACUUCUAAAUCGCAGACCAGCCCCUCCCCGGUCAAAGCUCCGAGCCCGGCUGCUGCAAACACUACAGAGAGCGCUGCCACAACAGGGGGCAACCCCAACAACCCUUUUGGAGUGCGGCUGAGGAAGACGUCAACUCUUCUUCGCUUUAACUCUGAGGAGGAAGAAGAGGCUCCGGUUGAGUCUGUAAAUCCUCCAACAAGCUGUAAGGCUGAGUCGCCUCAGGUCUGCAGUAAACCCUCCGCAUCUCAGCCGGUCUGCAACAAGCCCGCCCUCCCUAAGAAACCGGAACUCCAAGCGGAGGCCGGAGGGAAGCUGAAACGCUUCUCAGGGAUUUCAGAUCCGCCUCGAGCAGAUCCUCCCAGCUGGAUUUCUGUGGCCAAACACAAGCAGAAGCUCUACAGAGAAAACUCGCUGGAUGAGAUAACCCUCAAGAAGGAGGAACAAGAGAAAAAGCCUUCACUGCCAAACAAGGAGCCCAGAACCAAGGCAGCAGAAUCCAGCAGCCAUGUGGUUAAGCCGGAGGCCGUCAAGCCACCCGUGUCUCCAGAAAAAGACCCCAAGAGGGCGCUCUCCCCUCAAACUUCUGCAGCUUCUCAGCCUUUCAAAUCCCAGCUGCUCCCCUGCCCCGUUGCUCCGAAGCCACAAGUGCCCCCUCCCGUGGCAAAGCAUCCCAGUCCACCCCAAAAAUCCCUGCCGCCCCCCACUCCAGUCCCCGUUCACCCAAAACCUCCCAGUAUACCCCCCUCAAAGCCCACCUCCACUCCCCAAACUACUCCAGUCCCAUCCCCUGCCUUUGCAUCAAGAACCACUCCUGAAAAGUCUCCGUCCAGAUCGGCUGGACCCCCCGGACCACGGGGUCUAACUACCCCGGCUCUGCCGCAGGAUGAGCCCCCCUGGAUGGCGUUGGCAAAGAAGAAAGCCAAAGCCUGGAGUGAAAUGCCGCAGAUCGUCCAGUGACUGGCCAUUUACCGCCUCGCUGGGUCUGACGGACCGCAUAGACCACAAUGCAUUGCACAUUCCUCCUAACUAUAGGGGACUACUCUGAUGUUCACAUGUAAUCAGUUUAACGUCUCUGCUCUCAUCCUGUCCAAGAGUCGCCUUUUCUGAGCGUUCAACACAACUUUCCUUUUCUUAGAUUGUCAACGGUGCCUCAACAUGUCGACUCACAACAAUAAAACACACAUUUUAAUGGAACUAACUGAGUUCGCAUGACCGAAAGAAUCCAGUCAGAAAAAGGGAACACAGAUUAUUUUAUGAAAUAACUUUAUUGAAAAAGUACUAAGGAGCAAACAGGCAGAGUAAAAUAUUAUCAAUAUUUUUGUUUUGUGUUGGGAAUGAAUGGACGCGUGUGUCUCUCUGCCUGGGAGUGCUUUUAUUUUAUCGCAGUGAUCUCACAACCGUUUCAGCCAUUUCCUCUCAAGAAAAUUUACAAAUUAUUAUCCUUUUUGUCCAUAAGUUUCUGUAAAAUAUAUUUUUGAUGUUCUUUAUUAAUAUUUUUGCCAUCUUUUUGCUGUUCUGAAUACAGAACUCCCAUGUUUUGUUCUCGCUUUUUGCAGACAUUUAGAAUUGGACUGUUAUCAGUAGCGUAAACUCACUUCCUGGUUUUUGUUUUCUCGAUGCAAAAGAACCCGUUAAGGAAAAGUCAUGAUUGUUCUGUAUCAUUUAAACGUGUCUUUAAAGUAACUAAACAUGUUACACUUUUUAUUUUGUAUUGACUUUUGAGAAUCUCUCUUGUACAUAAAAUGUACAGUAAACAACAAAUGAAAUAACAA